AUGUCAUAUCCAAUUCAACAGUAUAAUUCGAACAACGGCGCAGUUGUUGAUAGAGCUGUCUUCAAUGAAAGCGGCGAUGGAGAUAUAUUUCGUUCAUUUCUCGGCAUCGCAAAUCGAAUGAUGAAUGAUAUGGUACAGAAUGGACCGAGUCUGGACGGUGUUUCUUCGUUGGCAAAUUUAAGCUCGGGUGAUUCAGGAGUAAAAGUUUUCGGUAUAAGUUCGAUGAAUGUGACGCAAAUAUCUCGUGGGCCAGAUGGUCGUCCACAUAUUGUUCAAGCUCAUGACGAGCGUCGAAUGGGACCUGGUGGUAUCUGGCAAACGAAAAAAGCACUACGCGAUCCAGAUCGUGGCAUUGAUCGCAUGCAAGUAGGAUAUUUCGUUGGCGACCAAGGGGAAAUUAUCGAGCGAACUCGUGAUCCAGCUACUGGACAGUAUCGACACGAAACAAAGCGUCGCGGUGCUCCUCCAAGUGGACAGAAUUUUACGGAUCAAUGGAGAAUACAAGCACAACAAGCAAUGCAACGACCACCCGGUUUAGCACGAGCAGCACCACCACCACAACAGCAACUUCCUUAUAAUGAUCAAGGUGCGCAAUACGGCCAGUACUAUUAG